UGACAAUCAUGAGCAACGCGCCAGAAGAGUACUUUGAAGGCUUCCAGGUACAGGCCCGAAGCAAAGAUGAGGAAGUCACCGAUGUGUCCACCAUCAUGAGAUAUGGGACUUUUACAGUGAACGACGCCAGAGUGAAGACCCUCUGUGAAAACGGAUCAGUCACACACGCCGUUCACGAACACAUGCACAACGUCUCCUUCACUUGGACUGCACCGAGCCAGAAGUUGGAGAAUAUCGUCUUCAAGGCCACAGUGGUGAAGGGAUACUCCACCUUCUAUAUGCACCUCAAAUCAGACGUUAUCAACGAGAACAACUCAUGCAACAACGUCAUUCCUUCCAUCGCCAUCAUGGCUUUUGCCGCCAUUUUCGCCCUGAACCAGGCAAGAAGUAACUACUGAGCUGUGAACGAGAGUCUCUUCUUCUUUGGAGGAGGGACUGUCGCAUGUCCGACUUUGUUGAAGUUGAAAGGAGCAACUGGAUUUCCCCUUACCUUACCCAACCUCGAAAUCAUGUUCGAAAUAGAUUUUUAUUUUUUUUGACAAUUCAAAGACGUGAUUUUUCGUCUUCUUGAAGUCAAAUUGUGUGUACACCCAACAAAAUGAAAUAGUUGAUUUCUGGUGUUUCUCAUAUGUGAAGCGUGCUGGCAAAAUGAGUUACUUCUCGGUUUCAAGCCUUAAGUUAAGGAAAUCGAUACAUUACGCUAAAAGGUGAAGUUUCUACAAUUUCCAAGUAUGAAAUAAUAAAAGACAUGUUUUAGUUAAAGAACGUGGCAUCAA